AUGAACCAGGCUUCCUCGAACCUUCUCGAAAUUCAGGGCUUCGAGACCAAGCUCAAAGCCAACAAGCUGGACGACGGCCUCGUGAGAGCUUUGGUGCAAAGCAUGAACAGCCAGGCUGAGCUGUUGAGGGCAGCCCGGGCAAAGUUGGAGGAGGCCAUUGCACAUCAGGACCCCGAAGAGCAGAUCAAGCAGUACGUGUAUUGUCUGAACCACGCGAAUGAUGUUUACAAAAAUGCUUCAAAGCAUGUCCGGGUACAUGCUCAGCCACCGAAAACACCAAAGGCGAAGGCCAAGAGUGGUGCUAAGAAUGCUUCUUCCGCCAAAGGUGGCAAGUAG